AUGUCGCAGCCUACAACAGUAAAGCACUACACGCGCAUCCUUUCUCUCUGGCCUAAGGAUUCCCUCCGCCCAAACCUUCCCUUCACACGCACAAUCGAGCGCCGCGCAACACCCUAUGGCGUAAAACCCGUAUCACCGCCCGUCGAGGAUGCUAAGAAUUCCGAUACAUCCGCGGGAAAGCCUGCGCCCAUUGCAAAGUCAAGCCCACAGGCCGAGUUGCCACAGAUCAAUGCGCUAUACUCCCUGCUCGAAAACCGAUACAGCAAGAAAUACCCAAUAUCGCCCGGCCUGCUGAAGCCGACAUCGAAUCCGGAGCACUAUGAUCGCCUGAUGGAAGAGAUUGAGCGCGCGCCUAAGAAGAGCUGGCUUCAGGCAAAGAUGGAUGAGUGGAAGAUGAAGAUCAGAUGGCAGUAA